GCUGCUGUCCAAUUCACAUGGGCAGAACACUCAGGGCACUAUUAUUGCCCAAACUUCAUGAAUGGAUUAUAGGAUUCUGACAUUACUGAAUAAGAUAUUAGUGGAAGCUAAAGAAAAGCGGAGCAAUUCUGUAAGCUAUAUGAUCAAGCUCUGUGCAUGGUUCUAAACUUUAGAAGAAUCAUGGAAUAAUGGCAUCCAUCUACCUGAAUACUUCAACAACCUGAACUAAGGACACAGCUGGUUUGAAGGCUUUAAGGCUGUUGGCAUAGUGGAUAUGAAAAAUAUGCUGAUGUGAAGAUGGGUCUAAUGACUGCAGAGUCUUCUUCAGUCAUUUUCCAGCAGGUGCUGGUUCCUUUCUUGCUUGCUGGAUUAGGAACAGUCACUGCUGGAAUGGUGCUGGAUGAAAUACAGCACUGGGAAAUGCUUCAAGAAAUCUCUGAAGUGUUUAUCUUGGUUCCUGCACUAGUGGGCUUAAAGGGAAAUCUGGAGAUGAUGUUAGCAUCCAGACUAUCCACAGCAGCCAACACUGGCCAGCUAGAGAGUCCCAGGCAAUGGACAUUGAUGGUGUACACCAAUCUAGCUUUAGUCCAGGUGCAGGCCACAGUGGUGGGUUUUCUGGCCACACUGUCUGCAAUAGGUUUGGGGGGCCUGAUUAAGGGCAGUGUAGACUUUCAUCAGGCUGCUGUGCUGUCUGCUAGCAGUGUGACCACAGCCUUCAUCUCUGCGCUCACUCUGGGGUUGCUGAUGGUGGGGGUGAUCAUUGGAUCUCGAAAGAUGGGCAUUAACCCUGAUAAUGUUGCAACCCCCAUAGCUGCUAGCCUUGGUGACCUCAUCACCCUCUCACUGCUGGCAGGGUUCGGCAGCUUCUUCUUCCAGUUUAGAGAGAAGUGGUAUUUACUUCUCCUGAUAUGCACUGUGGUCCUCUUGCUCAUCCCUGUCUGGGUGAUCAUCGCUUGCCGCAGUCCACCCAUCAGAGAGGUUCUGAAGUCAGGCUGGCAACCUGUUAUCAUUGCUAUGCUAAUCAGCAGUGCAGGAGGAUUGAUUCUGGAUAAGACUGUAAGUGACCCUCGGUUUGAAGGCAUGGCUGUCUUCACACCCAUCAUUAAUGGUGUAGGUGGAAACCUGGUGGGCAUUCAGGCUAGCCGAAUCUCCACCUACCUGCACUGCAUCAGUGUUCCUGGAAUCACAUCCCAACACAUUAAAACACACUGCCCUCAUCCUGGCAUGACUUUCUGCAACACAGCAGUGAACUCAAGAUCUGCUAGAGUUCUUUUGCUGCUGGUGGUUCCAGGUCACCUGCUCUUCCUUUACACAGUCCAGCUGCUCCAGGGUGGACACACUGCCACGACGGCUGCUUUCGUCUGCUGCUACCUUUGUGCUGCACUACUGCAGGUAAUAAUACUGUUGUACAUGGCAGAUGUGUUGGUGUGGCUGAUCUGGCGACAUGGACUGGACCCUGAUAAUUACUCCAUCCCCUACCUGACUGCACUGGGGGAUCUGCUGGGCACCAGUCUUCUCGCCCUCACUUUCAGAUUAAUCUGAGAUCAGAUCAGUUCCCUGGUUCUAUGAUAUGUUUAACAUAUGCAAGGCAAACUAAAAAUUUAUUUCACUUCAUUUUCAUUUCACUUUGGUGAAUUACUUAUUAUAACAGAUGUAUUAGAUCAAUUAGAUUUUCCCCUCUCACAGACCACUGUGAUUCUUUAAGAAGAAUUCCAUGUCUGCAAUUCAAUAAUAUAUAUAUUUUUUUUUCAUAGUUUAUUGCCUUAGUAGAAAUUUCCAGGUGCUUCUCCUAAAUACACCUAGAUGAGUACAAAUGGCACCUGGCACAUAUAUAGUCUAAUGUUAUAGGACGUGUGAUUUGUUUCUGUAUUUCCAUACAAAAUGAGGUUAAAUGGCAGAGGUUAAUGGCAUUUAUUAGUUAAACUAUAUAGGAAUAGCUGCCUAUCUGUAUUCCCCCAGCCCCCUAAUAAAUAUUAUUGUACACAUUUACAUAAUAUCUAUGAAAUAAAUCUGUACUUAGGGGGUCCAGGGAAUUGAUUUUACAGUUAAGAAUAUCUGGCUGCAAAAAGUUUAAGAACUAAUUAAAGCAGAAUGUCUGUACUUUAACUUCAAUUUCAUGGUUUCCUUUAAAUCCAGUGAGAAGAACAAUCAUCAACAUCCAAUUAUUUACAGACUGCAUUGUACUAUUGUCAUGUGCUAUGUUUUUAAGGGGAAGCCCUUAACUGCAAAUGAAUCACAAAAGUGACAUAGUUCUUUCCCCACAGCAAUGAAGGCAAUAAAUGCAUCAUAUGGUGUUAUUAAUAUGUCUUACACAUAAACUAAUACUAACAGGCUAUAUUGUGAGCAAAAUAGAUGCUUUAUUCCAUGUUGUACCAGUUCUUAAAUAGAAGAUAGCACUAUAUUAUUGUGAGGAUGUAGCCUGAUAUUUUAUGAUUAAACAGUGAAACAUUUUACAUUAUACAGAUAGAUAUAAAUGUUUGUAAUGAAUGUGGCCUUUAGUAUUAAUUUUGUGAUAAAAAAAAACAAACAAGCUACUUCUGUGCACUAUGAUGUAUUUAUUAAUUGUGCAAAUUAAGUUGCCUGUCAUAUACUAUGCAAAAGAUAUUAUAUUGUUGCAUAUUUUAUACUUAAAUGUAUUUGUCCUAUAUGCUGCAAUGUCUUCCACAGUCUCAAAAGGCAAAGCCUUUCAGUGUAGCCAUCCAAUAAAAGCUGUAUUA